AUGUCGGGUGUGUGGCUGUUUCGAGACGGCGUGGCCACGCUUGUGCGGAAUCCGAUGAAGCAACCGCUGGACAACUUCAAGGCUUGGGAGCCGCCAAAGAAGCAGCUCGUGUACCGGGCCACGAACGAAGUCAUCACGUCUUUCGAUCUGCUCGAGGACAAGCUUUUCGCGCUGGGAUGGGAGAGGUGUGAUUCCGAGGCGGAGGAGAGCCGGCAGUACUUUCGCAGCGUCAACGGGCCAUACUUCAUCUCGCUGCCGGCGGACUUCACCAAGCUGAAGACGACACACAUGUAUGACAUUGUUGUCCAAAGCCGGACUGCGUUCGAGGUCCGCGAUGUGCUCAAACACCACCAGCACAGCUGA